AUGUCGAGCUCAGAGAUCAACCAGGUUUUGGCCAAUUCGCUGUCGCCUGACGCGAACUUGCGCAACGCUGCCGAGCAGCAACUUACACAAGCAGCUGAGAACAACUUUCCUCUAUACCUCGCAACCCUCGUCCAGGAGCUUGCAAACGAGAGCGCCGACGGUUCCAUCCGUGCCGCUGCCGGUCUCGCACUCAAGAACGCCUUCACCGCCCGUGACUUUAACCGCCACCAAGAGCUCCAGGCAAAAUGGCUUCAACAGACCGACGACGAGACGAAGACGCAGGUCAAGAACUUGACUUUGCAAACACUGGCCUCGUCCAACGCCCAGGCCGGCCAGGCCGCCGCCCAGGUCAUUUCUUCUAUUGCCGGCCUUGAGCUGCCCAGAAGCCAGUGGCAGGACUUGAUGGGCAUCCUCGUUAAGAACGUCAGCGAGGGCGCCGAGCACCAGAAGCAGGCCUCCUUGACCACGAUCGGAUACAUCUGUGAAAGCCAGGACCCCGAUCUGCGCACCGCCCUUAUUGCCCACUCCAACGCCAUCUUGACCGCCGUUGUCCAGGGUGCCCGCAAGGAAGAGACGAGCCUCGAGGUCCGCCUGGCUGCUAUCACAGCCCUUGGUGACUCGCUUGAGUUUGUCGGCAACAACUUCAAGCACGAGGGUGAGCGCAACUACAUCAUGCAGGUUGUCUGCGAGGCCACCCAGGCCGAUGACUCCCGGAUACAGCAGGGCGCCUUUGGCUGCCUGAACCGCAUCAUGGGUCUCUACUACGACAACAUGCGCUUUUACAUGGAGAAGGCCCUGUUCGGCUUGACCAUUCUUGGCAUGAAGUCUUCGGACGAGGACGUUGCCAAGUUGGCUGUCGAGUUCUGGAGCACUGUUUGCGAAGAAGAGAUUGGUAUUGAAGACGACAACGCCCAGGUCGAGAGCGCCGACCAGAUGCGCCCCUUCUACAACUUUGCUCGCGUAGCUGCCAACGAAGUUGUGCCCGUCCUCCUGAUGCUUUUGACCAAGCAAGACGAGGAUGCUGCCGAUGACGAGUACAACCUGGCCCGUGCCGCCUACCAGUGUCUCGCUCUUUACUCCCAGGCCAUCGGUGCCGCUAUUAUCAGCCCCGUUCUCCAGUUCGUCGAGGGCAACCUGCGUGCCGAAGACUGGCACCACCGUGAUGCCGCCGUUUCUGCUUUCGGCGCCAUUAUGGACGGUCCCGACGAGAAGGUCCUCGACCCCAUUGUUAAGCAGGCUCUUCCUAUCCUCAUCGGCAUGAUGGACGACAGCUCCCUCCAUGUCAAGGAUUCUACCGCCUACGCCCUCGGCCGCAUCACCGAGAGCGUGUCGGAUAGCAUCGAUCCCAACCAGCACCUCGACCCCCUCGUCCGUUCCCUGUUCAACGGCCUCAUGAGCAACGCCAAGAUUGCCUCUUCGUGCUGCUGGGCCCUCAUGAACUUGGCUGAGCGCUUCUCUGGCGACUUCGGUGCUGCCCAGAACCCUCUUACUCCCCACUUCAACCAGAGCGUCACCAACCUGCUUGGUCUGACUGCUCGCCCCGACUGCGACUCCUAUGUCCGCACUGCCGCAUACGAGGUCCUCAACGUCUUCGUCCAGAACGCCGCCUCUGAGAGCCUGCAACCCAUUGCCUCUCUCUCCGGAGUCAUCAUUGAGCGUCUCGAGGGAACCAUCCCCAUGCAGAGCCAGGUUGUCAGCGUCGAGGACAAGAUCAUGCUUGAGGAGAUGCAGACCAGCUUGUGCACAGUUCUUCAGGCCAUCAUCCAGAGACUGGACAAGGAGAUCAUUCCUCAAGGCGACCGCAUCAUGCAGACUCUACUCCAGAUUCUCAGCACCGUCGGCGGCAAGUCGAGCGUCCCUGAUGCCGUCUUCGCCACCAUCAGCGCUCUUGCCAACGCCAUGGAGGAGGACUUCUCCAAGUACAUGGAGGCUUUCACCCCCUUCCUCUACAACGCCCUGGGCAACCAGGAGGAGCCCAGUCUCUGCGCCAUGGCCAUCGGCCUGGUUAGCGAUCUUACCCGAUCCCUUGGCGAGCGCAGCCAGCCGUACUGCGACAACUUCAUGAACCACUUGCUGCACAACCUGAAGAGUCCCUCCCUCAGCAACCAGUUCAAGCCUGCCAUUCUGCAGUGCUUUGGCGAUAUUGCUGGCGCUAUUGGCGGUCACUUUGAGACAUAUCUGUCCGUCAUUGCGCAGGUCCUGCAACAGGCUGCCACCGUCAAUGCCGGCCCUGAGGGCCCUUACGAGAUGUAUGACUACGUCAUCUCCCUCCGCGAGGGUAUCAUGGAUGCCUGGGGCGGCAUUAUCGGUGCCAUGAAGUCCGGCGGCAAGACUUCCGUUCUCCAGCCUUACGUGUCUUCGAUCUUCCAGCUGUUGAACAUGAUCGCCAGCGACAUGAACCGCAGCGAGGCUCUCAUGCGCGCAGCCAUGGGUGUAAUUGGCGAUCUUGCUGACGCCUACCCCAACGGCGAGCUCGUUGACAUCUUCCGCCAGGAUUGGCUCACCGCUCUGAUCAAGGAGACCAAGACCAACCGCGAGUUCCAGCCCAGGACAAUCGAAACCGCCCGGUGGGCCAGAGAGCAGGUAAAGCGCCAGGUUGGCGGCUCUACCAGCGUUAUGGCCCAGACCUGA